GAUUUUAAUUGAUUAAAUUUCAAAUCAGCCGAGUUUCUUAUCACCGGCGUUCUUGUCACUCCGCGGAUGCAUGCAUAAUAAUAAUUAAUAUAAUAUUAUUUUAAUAAAUUAUAAGUCUUUAAUGACUGCAAUACUGCAAUAGUACUAUAUCUGAUAUGAUUAAUUUACAAGUAUUAAGUUAUGAUUCAUAUUAACAGCAAAUAGUAAUAACUAAUAAUAAAAUUAAAAUGAAUUGGUAUUAGCGACUUAUCGAAAAUAAGUCAGAUAGAAAUAUAGAAUUAAUACCACAGCAUACCAGUGAACGGCGGGCGUUGCUCUUAAAUGUUUGCUGGUCAAAAACUAUUGCGACAGACAAUCACGUUAUUCGCCCAAGUCAGAAUGGUUUCAUCGAAUUCUUCUGGUUUUCGAGUGGCCUUACUGCAGUUGACUGUCACGGCCGAUAAGUCGACAAAUGUGGCCAAUGCAAUAAAACGUGUACAGCAAGCCAAACUGAAUGGCUGCACAUUAGCCAUAUUACCAGAAUGUUUUAACGCUCCAUAUAACACUGCUUUGUUCAGAGAAUACUCGGAAGUUAUUCCUGGAGGUGAUACAUGUGAAGCUUUGUCUCAAGCUGCCAAAUCAAAUGAAAUGUAUAUUGUAGGUGGUUCGAUCCCAGAGAUAUGUGAUGACAAAGUGUACAACACGUGUACAGUUUGGGAUCCGAAUGGAAACCUUAUAGCCAAACAUAGAAAAGUGCAUUUAUUUGAUAUAAAUAUUCCUGGUGGGGUUUGCUUCAAAGAAUCUGAUGCUCUAGCAGCUGGGAAUACACUAAAUACUUUUCAGUUGGGAAAAUUUAAAAUUGGUCUAGGGAUCUGCUAUGAUAUACGAUUUGCAGAAAUGGCAGCAAUAUACCGAAAACAAGGUUGUGAUAUGUUAAUCUACCCCAGUGCCUUUAAUAUGACAACUGGGCCUUUACAUUGGAGUCUAUUAAUUAGAUGCCGAGCAGUAGACAAUCAGGCAUUUGUAGCUGUUGCUUCACCAGCCAGAGUUACAGAUUCUAAUUAUGUGGCAUGGGGUCAUUCCAUGGUUGUCGAUCCAUGGGGUAAAAUUUUAGAAGAAGCUUCUGAAAAAGAUAUGGAUUUAUAUGUAGAUCUUGACUUUGGUGAUCGGGAAAAAAUGAGACAGCAAAUACCCACUGAAAAUCAAAGAAGAACUGAUUUGUAUGAUACAAUUGAUGUGAAAAACAAAGUUUGAGUUUCCGAUGUCGGUUUAUAUUAAAAUAAAAUAAUACUACCAAAUUAUUAUGAAAUACAAGUAAAUAAAAUGUGAUAAUUAAUUACCAUGUGGAAAUAAAUAAUAUAAUAGUUAAUAUAUGUUUAGAUUGAUUAUACAAUAUAAAAUUAAAUAAUAUUACAACCAUUACUGUUUUAUUUAAUUUUUUGUUUUUGUCAAGACCAAUAACAGUGGAUAAUGCUUAACACAAUAUAAUAUUAUAGUUAUACCUAUAUAAUAUAUUAAUAUGUACCAUGACAGUACGGUAUAGUUAAUAGUAUUCAUAAAAAUUGUGUAUGCUCUGUUUAAUCACUUAUUAAUCUUCUUUCAUUAUUCUAUAAUCAGUGGUAGCACCAAUCCCUAUGUUUAGGUCAGUUUAACAAUUUUUUUUUAAAUGUGAAUGGGUUCAAACUAUAACAAAAAAUAGAACAUGUUUGAUUACUCAAUGGAAAUAAGGGAUAUUUGAAUAUUUAUUUAUAUAGUUUAGACUUAAGACAAUAUGUUUACAUAAUAAAUUACUGUGAUAUACA